AUAUCUGAAUCGUUUUAACGAAAUUACUGCAAGUCUGCGAACCAAUCCCACCAUAAAAGAUCUCCUUCCCCUCUCCUCGGCUCCAAAUCGCGCACCACAUGUCGAAAGAAAGCGCCAUUGCCGAUGCCAGUCCCCCCUCUUCCUCCACCACUACUGGCCAACCAGCAAGCCAAUCAGGUAUGGUCAAGAAUCUCGCGAUAGCAGCGUCGCUGGCCAUCGGACUGGGAAGUUGGUUCUAUACAGCGAUCCAGCCGCCGAAGCCGAGACUAUGCGGGUCGGAGGGAGGCCCGCCGGUGACGGCUUCGAGGAUCCGAUUGCGGGACGGUCGGCACCUGGCCUAUGAGGAGAAGGGAGUGCCUAAGGACAAGGCCCGUUUCAAGAUCAUCUUCUGUCAUAGCUUCUCCGGCACACGUCUUGACGGUAUCCGAGCUUUCCCUGAAACAAUGGAAGAGCUGGGUGUGUACUUGGUGAGUUACGAUCGAGCCGGCUAUGGCGAGAGCGAUCCAAACCCAAGACGGUCACUGAGGAGUGAUGCAUCUGACAUUGAAGAGCUCGCAGAUGCCCUGGAACUGGGCUCAAGAUUCUUCCUUAUUAGCCUCUCAAUUGGAGGCUGUAGCGCUUGGGCUUGCAUCAAGUACAUCCCUGAAAGGCUCGCCGGCGUUGCACUUCUUACUCCGGUGAUAAACUAUCGGUGGCCCGGCUUUCCAAAAAGCUUAUUUCAGGAAGCUUACAAGCAGCAGCAUGUAGGAGAUCAGUGGACACUCGGAAUCUCAUACUAUGCUCCCUGGCUAUUAUACUGGUGGAUGAGCAAGUCCUGGCUCCCAACCUCCACCGUCGCCAAGGGUACAACCUACCUCCCUAACCGCCGCGAUGCCGAGUAUCGAGAAUUCGCCAUUUCCAACGGAAUUCGUGAGGAGAGGAGGAAGCUGGCAACCCAGCAAGGCGUUCAGGAGUCCUAUUACAGGGAUAUGAUGGUGAUGUUUGGCAAGUGGGAAUUUGAUCCAAUGGAUCUCCAGAAACCUGCUUUUCCUGUCCAUCUAUGGCAAGGCGACGAGGACGGGGUCGUGCCGGUUUCUCUCCAGCGCUAUAUCUGCCACCGUCUAAGCUGGAUUCAGUAUCAUGAGCUCCCCAUGACUGGACAUUACCUUUCUGCUGUGCCUGGAUUUGGUGAUACUGUUCUCAAAACUCUUCUGGCCGAGUCUUCAUUUUGAAUGAACUAGAGCAUUGUAUUGGGGGGAGAACAAAAUUCUAACAUUUGUAAUAUAUGGAUUUAAAUGUUGCCAAAAUUUUAAAAUGAAACACUCUUGAGAUUUGAUAUUA